AUCAUAGGGCUAACAAGGCGGCUGAUUUUUCACGGUUAUCAACUGGAUGAUGCCUAUCAGACGCCUAUUUUCGUUCAUGACUAUAAGUUAGUUUUCCUUUGUUUUUUUGAUGUGUGAUUAUUCUUUCUUUUUUCUUCAUGUUUAUUUUUCUUUUCCUUUUUUCUAUAUUUCAGAUUUGUUCUUUAGUACACACUGAACUUUUUUAGUAUAUGGUGAACAUUUUUUAAGCAUACACUAAACUUUUUUUUAUAUACGAUGAACUAUUUUUUAUACAUUGAACAUUUUUUAGUAUAUGAUUAAACUUUUUAAUUAUACAAUGAGCAUUUUCUAAAAACGCACUUAACAUUUUUAAUAUGCCGUGAAAUUUUAUGUAUGCACUGAACCUUUUUAUAUAAACACAUACUCAAAAAAGUUCUGAAAUACUUUCUCUAAUUUUUCAAUUGGUUUUAAAAUAUUUAGCUCCAUACAAAACAACAGUCAGUUUUGUUUGGAGAAAAACGGACUAAUAAAAAACUAAAGAGACAGAAAAACGUUGGCGCCACUGUGGGCCGGCCCAUAUACCCAGACUUUCAGGCGUAGCCUCGCCUGUUUGACGCCCAUAGGCGUCAUACAGGAGGUCUCGUCGUAGGCGAAACACAUCUCCUGUCUGUGUAAAACUCACACACAGCACAGACCGAAAAAAAAGAAGUCCCGCGCGGCGCCACCGCGACGAUGCUUCCGGCACCUCCUCCGUUCUCCCACAGCGAGUUCGUCGGCGUUCUCUCCCGCUGCGCCACCCUCGCUCACCUGAAGCAGCUCCAUGCCCACUCCGUCGUCACCGCCCGCGCCGCCACGCAGCCCACCACCUUCCACCUCCUCCGUUUCGCAUCCCUCCGCCUCUCCUGCCUCCCCUACGCCCGCCGCCUCUUCGACUCCACGCCCUAUCCCAAUGUCUUCCUCUACUCCGCCAUGCUCUCCGCCUACGCCGCCGCGUCCCCCGCGCAGGCGUACGCCCGGGACGCCCUCGCCCUCUUCCUCCGUAUGCUCCGCCGCGGCCGCUCCGCGCCCAACCAGUUCGUCUACCCGCUGGUCCUCCGCGCCGCCUGCGUCGUCGGCAUCCAGCUGGUUAGGUCGAUCCAUUCCCACGCCUACAAGAGCGGGUUCCACGCGCAUGAUGUUGUAAGGACUUCGCUGCUUGAUGGGUACUCGAGGUAUGGCUUGAUGCUGGACGCACGAAAGCUGUUUGAUGGUUUGACCGAGAGGAAUGUGGUCUCCUGGACCGCGCUACUGUCCGGCUACACAAGGGCCGGGAAGGUCGGAGACGCGAUUGUUCUGUUUGAACGGAUGCCCGAGAGGGAUGUGGCUGCGUGGAAUGCGAUGAUCGCUGGCUGCACGCAGAAUGGGUUGUUUCUGGAGGCUCUGGGGAUUUGUAGCAGGAUGGUGGAAGAGGGGUUCUGGCCGAAUGGGACCACAGUUGCUUGUCUGCUGUCUGCAUGUGGGCACCUUGGGAUGCUGAAAAUCGGUAAGGUGAUCCAUGGUUAUGCGUGGAGGAGCUGUGUUGGUUUUGGCUCGUCUGUUGUGAAUGGGUUGAUUGAUAUGUAUGGCAAAUGCGGGACUUUGAAGGCGGCGAGGUGGAUGUUUGAUGAGUUUUCCGACAAGAGUCUGACCACAUGGAAUUGUCUGAUUAAUUGCCUUGCACUACAUGGGCACAGCAAGAGUGCAAUUGCUGUCUUCGGUGAGAUGAGGGACUCAGGAAUUGAACCGGAUGAGGUUACAUUUGUGGGAUUGUUAAAUGCGUGCACCCAUGGUGGAUUUGUCGAUGAAGGGCUUAUGUACUUUGAACUCAUGUGCGAUGAGCUGAGAAUUGAGCCAGAGAUUGAGCAUUAUGGGUGCAUCAUUGACCUUCUUGGUCGAGCAGCACGAUUUGAAGAUGUAAUGAAUGUUAUCAAAGAUAUGAAAGUCCAACCAGAUGAGGUCAUUUGGGGGUCACUUCUCAAUGCCUGUAGGAUACACAGACAGCUAGAGCUUGCUGAGUUUGCUAUAAGAAAAUUACUGCAGUUGAAUCCAAACAAUGUUAAUUAUGUUGUGAUGCUGGCAAACUUAUACAGUGAAGGUGGAUCCUGGGAACAGGUUAUGAAGGUACGGAAGCUGAUGCAGGAGGAUAUGGGCAAGAAAGUGCCUGGUUGUAGUUGGAUCGAGGUGGAUCGCAAGACACACAUGUUUUACUCUGGUGACGAUACUCAUCCUGUAUCAGAGGAUAUCUGUAACACUCUUGUGGAAUUAGUGGCCUCAAUGGAAAUGUGCCUGGAUUAAUUUCUUAUAGACGCAACAGGAGUUCUGCCUGUAUAGUAUUAUGAGAAGUAGACAUUACAGGCUGAAGCCUAAAUAGAAGAAAAGCCCAUGAGGAUUGAUUUGGAUAGAUUGAUAGUUUUAGUUUGAAAGUCGGAAACUUCUAUUCCGUAAGUGAAGUGGGGUAAAUUGAAAUUUUUGACCUAGGCUGAUUAGGAGUUAUGUUGGAUGUACGCAUGAAGGUGUUCCCUCGAACCCCACUAUCAAGUUACUCCAUGCCAGAGGUAGUACUUGUGCCAGUACUGUACUGUACUUCUGUAGGGACUGAUGCGUUACUAUUUCAUAGCGCACUUGGUGCAUAAGGUGAUUCUUUCAAGGGAAAAGAAGACCCAAGUUAGCAGAUGCGUGUAGCUUCCAUAUCUUCCUGCUCAGAAUGUGUCAAAUGGCAGGAUCGGAGGAGGACAUGGGGAAAUGAGCACCGAACAUUGCCGUUGCGAUCUAGACAGAAGAAAUGGAUGUCGAAAAGGAUGGUGCAGAUUAUAGAACAAACAUGCAAGGUACAAUGCAGUGCACCAACAGCGCGAGACGGGGAAUAAAAGCGCUCCUUUACACUCGACCAGAGAAUCAUUCCAGCGAUGCUUCGCCAUGUAAACUGUGAACCGUAUGUUUCACCAUGAUAUGAUCAAUCCAAAAGCAGAUAAAAUCUUCGAUCCUUUCCUGUUGGCUAAUGCCUGUAGCCGGCGAGAACUGACAAGUGCAGUUAUCUCCUGGCAAUUAGCAAGACUCCUGAAUUAUAAUCUAGUUUUAGUGAUCCAUUCUAUGUAGGAACAGGAAGGAUUACACAAUCCAAGUUCUGCUGUAAGCACAAAAUAAAGAAAAGUGCAUAGCAGCGAACAAGGGACGGCGUAAAGAUUGUGCAUGAUGUGGUGUGGACUUGUGGAGUCGAAACCCAAAAGCUGGCAUCAUGGGCCUGUUUGGUUUGUGACUAACUUUGCCACAUUAUUUU